AUGGCAAAAAGUCUUAGAAAAUGCAAAAAAACUAACUACUUGAAUCAAAAUACAUCUACAUCUACCAGUUCUAAGACCAACAUUCCACAAAUUCAACAGUUCCAAAACUUAACGGAUCAAGAAUACUCUAAACUUGCUACAUUAAGAAGUUCAUAUUCACAACAAAAUAAUCAACUAGCCAAGGAAAAUUCAACAUUGAAAUUAAAAAUUAAUGAAAUGGAGAAAAAAUUAAGUCAAUUAAUACAAGAAAACGUUAUACUUCGGUCCAAUUCAUCCCAAUUAGAAUCACAAUACAAACAGCAAUUGAAUGAUCAAUUACAAAUAUUAGAAGAUGGCGUCAUCCAAAGAUUUGAAGAAAUCUUGUAUAUCUUUGAUAACAUUCGAAAAAAAGAAAAUUUACUUCCAAGUUCUCGAAUAAGUCGCUACACUAAUGAUAACACUGCUACCACAAAUACAGAUGAUGCCUUGUCAACUUUUAGAUCUUCGUUAAGUGAAAGGAAAAGAGAUAGAAACUCAUCAAUAACCUUUGGAUUACCAGAUACAAAUUAUAAUAACGAUGAUCUAUCACGAAUAAAUAAUGAUAGUCAACGACAAGAACGACAACAGCAACAGCAAGAGCAACAUGAAAACGAUAAAGACGUUACGACGAAAAGGAGGAGGAAAAGUUCAAGAAGACAAUCUAUGUUCGUUCCGAGUGAUUUUUCCUUCCCUUCUGAUGAAAUCAACGACACCGAUGACAUUAAUACUAAUACCACGAUUACUGCCACAGUUAAUGAUGAAAAUGAAGAUAUUCCAACGAGCACAAAAAACUUACAAGAUGAGAACUUUGAAAAUGAAGAAGAACAAAUUAAGACCUUGUCGGAUCCUGUAUCAGUUACAACAGAUAUUUCUACACAUUACACAAACUCAAAUGAAAAUACUAUUAAUACACAUGAAGACACUUCAAAUAUUGGAAAUUACUCUAGCUCAAUCAUGGAUUAUUCCAUUCCAGAGGAAAGUUUUCAAAGAAGUCGUACUGUCGGUACAGUACAUAAGACAGAAGUAUUUAGAGAUACAUCAAAUGAUUCUAUCAAUGAUAAUGUAAAUGAUAUUGCUACCGAUGGCAUAAAUGUUAAUAACAGUGGUAUUUUACAGAUAGAUUCCCAGCAUAAGAUCAAACAUUCUAUGAAACCACCGAAAAUCAAAAAUAAGAACAAAAUUAUUGAUGAAGUUAUGCCAACAAGUACUCAUGAUUCCAGCCAUGAUUUAGAUUUUAUUAGACCAAGAAGAACUCGUGGAAAAACCAUCGAUUAUAAAUUACCUUCCUUAAGAGCUAAAAUGAGAAGACCCACUGAAAAAUUAGUCGAUGCAACAACGGUAACUAAUUUCCAUGAUUUACAAGUAACAAGAAAAUUGAAAAGAGACACCUCGCCAUGUAAUAACAAUACCAAUAGCAAAAACAGCUCUGGAAUCGAUAUUAAGAACUCUACACGUUUUGAAAUACACACAAACAAUGAUAAACAAGAGAAGCAUCCUUCGAUAUUGUCUGAGUCACCACAAAUUCUUUCACCUAUUGAUGAUGAAAAUGUAUCUGUACAGCAAAGUUUGAACAAAGUAAAUAUUUCGCCAAAGAAAGAUAAAAUAGCCCUUUCUGAUAUAACAGCAAAGGUCAAUAUCAAGUCCUCACCAGGAACAACAACCUCUUCAUUGUCUUCGUCCUCUAAUUUGAAAAGAAAAUUAUAUAAGAAGGCAAUUGAUAAUGACAUAGAUUUAUAUGACCCAAAAUGUAAUACUACUACCACCAAGAAUAAGGAUAAGACGGGAUCAUCUAAGCGGUUACAUAAAAAGAAUAGCAUUAAUUGUUCCCAAGAUGGUAAUAAAUCAGUGAGUUUCCGUUUGAACGAAGAAGAUUUAUCUGUUUUUGAUUUAAUCGGUUCAGACGGAACUAAAAAGCAUACCUCAAGGACAUAUAGGACAAAGCAAACUAGAAAAUGA